AUGAAGUAUAAUAACAUCUGCAUCAUAGAGAUAACAGAAGGAGAAGAGAGACAUCAAAGGAUCAAGAGUGUAUUUGAGGCGGGUCGGAGCAGCUUGGGCAGCGGCAGUGGCCAGGCAGCCCAGGUUCACCGAGCCACUAGGCGCGCCCAGCACGCGCCCAAGAGGAAGUUCAGCUCUGCGGAGGGGGCGGCCAAGGAGGAGCAGAAGAGGAGGUCGGCCAGGUUGUCAGCCAAACCUGCUCCUGCGAAAUGGAAACAAGUGGAAACGAAGCCCAAAUAGGCGGCAGGAAAGGAUAAGUCUGCAGACAAAAAAGUGCAAACAAAAAGGAAAAGGGGAGCAAAGGGAAAGCAGGCCGAUGUGGCUGACCAGGAACCUAAAGAAGAUCUACCUCCGGAAAACAGAGAAACUAAAAACGAGGAGAGUCCAACCUCAGAUGAAGCAGGAGAAAAAGAAGCCAAGUCUGAUUAAUGUCCUAUACCAUGUCUUAUCAGUGGUCCCUGUCUCCCUUCUUGUACAAUCCAGAGGAAUACUUUUAUCAACUAUUUUGUAAAUGCAAGUUUUUUAGUAGCUCUAGAGACAUUUUUAAGAAGGAGGGAAUUCCACCUC